AUGGAUACUUUACAGGGGCUUCAUUUUUUCCUGUACAUUUACUUAAAAGUUACUCAAACAGAAGCAUCAUCUUGGACUAUUGAUGUGCCAUCCACAGUCAAAGGUCUAGCUGGCUCAUGUGUGGUGAUCCCCUGCUCUUUUAACUACCCGGAUCCACGAGGGAAGGCAAAAAGCUUCACAGGGAUUUGGAGGACUACUGAAGGAGUUCAAGUCCUCUAUCAUCAAGCUGAGUCUAAAACUCCGGAGCAGCAUCAGAGUCGAACAAGAUUUCUGGGAGACAUCAGUGAGAAGAACUGCUCUCUGAUGAUUGACAGUCUUCAACAAAAUGACCGAGGUCCUUUUUAUUUCAGGAUUGAAAUUGGAGGUUAUGACAGUGCUUCAUACGCAAAAAACAAAGUCUCCAUUUCAAUGAUUAGUGAACCAAACCCCAUUGACUUCUCUGUGCGAGAGGAGGUAAAGGAGGGUCAAACUGUGUCUGUAUCCUGCUCUGUGUCUCACUCCUGCCCCAAAUAUCCACCUGCUUUCCACUGGAGUCACUCUGGAGAGCAGCGUUUUCAAGCACAGCAGCUUCAAAAUGGCCAGUGGAUGGCAACAUCUACUUUGACCUUUCACCCAAACCACACUGAUCACAACAAACCUUUACAAUGCAAAGUGACAUACCGCGGGGGAAAGCACCAGGAAACAUCCAAGACCCUUAAAGUAAAAUAUGCUCCAGUGAAUGUGAAGGUUGAGUAUCAGUCAGAUGUAAAUGAGGGAGAAACUGUGAACCUGAAGUGCUCCAGUGAUGCUAACCCUGUCAGCAGCUAUGAGUGGCACAGUGAAACUGCUGCUCUGCUGUACAAGGGACAAAACUACACAAUGUUAAAUGUCUCCAGACACUCAGUAGAGGCCCUGUACUGCACUGCUAUCAACAAGGAAGGACGAGCCAGAUCAAGCCUCGUGCAGCUCAGUGUGUUAUAUGCCCCUGACAUUAAGACUUCCUCUAAGUGCUCUUCAUAUGACGGCAUUAUAAAGUGUGAGUGCAUCGUAGAGUCUAAGCCUCCCAGCAUGGUUCACUUUGUUCUUGCUGACAGAGUCCUGCAAAGCACCAAAGUAGAAAAACAUGGCUCUGUUAUCACUGGGACUCUGCAGACAGACUUUGGAUCCUUCAAGCUCGUUCACUGCCUGUCAAACAACACACUGGGAAAUGCUAACCUCACACUCUCUUUACCUGUUAAUGACAACAUGCACCUUAUUUUUAUCACAUCUGGAGCAGGUGUGAGUUUGCUGAUUAUUUUGACAGCCACCAUAGUGGGAGUUGUUAAAAUAUGCAGGGGGCGAUCAGGAGGUGCAUCAACAUCUGACUUUAGCACCAUGAAAACACACAGACAUGUGGAGUUUCCUCAUUAUACCCCAACAAAAAGGAAAGAGGAUGAGGAUGCCCAUGGCAAUGACAUUUACACCAAUAAUAAUGUAUAUGGCAAUACUGACGGGGAUGAGUCAAUAUAUGCCAAUGUGUAA